UCUCUGCCAAAAACUCUCUGGAGUCUUACGCCUUCAACAUGAAGAACAGUGUGGAAGAUGAGAACCUGAAAGGAAAGAUCAGUGAGGACGACAAGAAGAAAGUUAUUGAGAAAUGUAACGAGGCUGUCAGCUGGCUAGAAAACAACCAGCUGGCUGAUAAGGAGGAGUAUGAACAUCAGCUGAAGGAGCUGGAGAAAGUCUGCAAUCCAAUCAUCACUAAACUGUAUCAGGGAGGGAUGCCAGCUGGAGGCUGUGGAACUCAGGCACGUGGAGCAUCAGGGGCCGGUGCUCAGGGGCCAACUAUUGAAGAGGUGGAUUAAAGUUAUGGACUUGUCACUUUGUAUUUCAUAUCUCACGUAACAAUUUGAUCAAGGAUUUUUUAUAUGAUAUUGCUGUUUUUAUAUUCCUGUUUUGUUAUUUAACCACAAGCCACUUUAAU